AUGCAGGAAGACGUUGUGGAGGCAAUAUGUCCAAUAGAUCGGGGGAGCAUCGUUAAUGGAGAAAUGGUAUUCGAUAUCACCGACAGAGAUAUCGAUGCUAUUGUUUCUGGGGUUUCCACGAGGAUCACCUUCGUGCUUGAUUGUUGUCAUGGAGGCACAAUGGUUGAUGUCCUAAACUGCAGGUCGGGGAAGGUUCGCUAUGCGAAUCCACUUCCUGACAUGGGAAAGGCUUUAUACCAGAAGUCGGAAAAACAUCUACUUCGGGAAAGAAGUUGGGAGUCCCAUAUUUUUCUUGUUGCAUGCAAGGACUAUCAGAUUGCAUUAGAAGCUUGCGCAAACUCGAGUGCUAAGACACACGGCGCUUUCACCGAGGCACUUCUCCAUGCCCUAAAGUCAGAUGAAGAGAGAACCAUGACUUACGAGCAGCUCAUGGGUCGAAUCGGAGGUCUUCCUUUGCAGACGCCUGUUAUUCAUGGCAAUGGAAUUGAGGGCCGUCUGUGGAGUGUCAGUGAUGACUGGACUUAUAAUAAAUGA